CCGCCGCGGGCUCGGCGCCCGAGGCGGAGGCCGCGGGGAAGGUCGGGGGGGAGGGCGGUUUCCUCCCGCCCCACACCCAGCCUGCGAGCCGGAUAUAUAGUGUAACGUUCGGGAGCCGAAAGACUAGAGCGGUUUGCUAGUGGCUGGAGUUAUUUCCCGUGGCCUCGGGGAAGGACCGGGAUUUGGAGCAGCGCUCGUUGAACCCCAGCCCGAGCCGUGGGCGCAGGAAAGAAUAUGACGCCUAAUUACAGAAGAAGGGGAACCUUCCUUUAAGGGGGUGAAAAUAAAGAAAAUAAUUCAUUAUCAGCUACUACUUUGGGGUUGAUAAAGCAUAUGGUCAUCUUGAAUACCUCACUAUUUGAUUUCCUGUAUUUUGAAGGAACCUCUUUCUGGAGCCGUGAAAGACGAAGGGAAGAAUCAUGUCCAUGAUUGCAGCCUUCUAUAGUGGCAAGUCCAUUCUCAUUACUGGGGCCACAGGCUUCCUGGGCAAAGUGUUGAUGGAGAAGCUCUUUCGCACCAGCCCUGACCUGAAAGUCAUUUACAUCCUUAUGAGGCCCAAGGCUGGCCAGACACUGCAGCAGAGGGUUGUCCAGAUCUUAAAUAGUAAGCUGUUUGAAAAAGUCAGAGAAGUGUGUCCGAACGUGAACGAGAAGAUCAGAGCUAUUUACGCAGACCUCAACCACAGCGACUUGGCCAUCAGCAAGGAGGACACGCAGGAGCUGCUGUCCUGCACCAACGUUGUCUUCCACUGCGCCGCCACCGUGCGCUUCAACGACACUCUCAGACAUGCUGUGCAGCUCAAUGUCACUGCCACCCAGAAGCUCUUGCUCAUGGCCAGUCAGAUGCCGAAGCUGGAAGCCUUCAUACAUAUCUCCACUGCCUUUUCAAACUGUAACCUGACACACAUCGACGAAGUCAUCUAUCCAUGCCCUGUGGAGCCAAAAAAAAUCAUUGAUUCCAUGGAGUGGUUAGACGAUGCUAUUGUUGAGGAGAUCACACCCAAACUGAUCCGGGAUUGGCCCAAUACGUACACCUACACGAAGGCCUUGGGAGAGAUGGUGGUGCACCAGGAGAGCGGGAACCUCAACAUCGCCAUCGUGCGGCCGUCCAUCGUGGGAGCAACCUGGCAGGAGCCCUUCCCAGGUUGGGUUGAUAAUGUAAAUGGACCCAGUGGGCUCAUUAUUGCGACCGGGAAAGGCUUUCUCCGGGCCCUGAGAGGCACCCCAAUGGCUGUGGCAGACCUGAUUCCAGUGGAUACGGUCGUCAACCUCACCUUGGCUGUAGGAUGGUACACAGCAAUUCACAGACCUAAAUCAACGUUAAUCUACCACUGUACGUCUAGCAACUUUAAUCCCUGUCACUGGGGCAAAAUGGGAUUCCAAAUCUUGGCAAGCUGUGAAAAAAUCCCAUUUGAGAGAGCUUUUAGGAGGCCGUAUGCUGACUUCACAACCAACACCAUCACAACCCAGUACCAGAAUGCGGUCAGCCACUGGGCCCCUGCCAUCAUCUACGACUUCUAUCUCCGGCUCACAGGAAGGAAGCCCAGGAUGACAAAGCUCAUGAAUCGGCUUCUGAGAACCGUUUCCGUCCUGGAGUAUUUCGUCAACCGGAGCUGGGAAUGGAGCACGAACAACACAGAAAUGCUGAUGUCCGAGCUGAGUCCCGAGGACCAGAGAGUAUUCAACUUUGAUGUGCGCCAGUUGAACUGGUUGGAAUACAUUGAAAAUUAUGUUUUAGGAGUUAAGAAGUAUUUAUUGAAAGAGGAUAUGGCUGGGGUCCCAGAAGCAAAGCAACACUUAAGAAGGCUCCGCAAUAUUCACUACCUCUUUAAUACCGCCCUCUUCCUCAUUGCCUGGCGCCUUCUCAUUGCAAGAUCUCAGAUGGCUCGGAAUGUCUGGCUCUUCAUUGUGAGCUUCUGUUACAAAUGCAUCUCCUACUUUAGAGCAUCCAGCACGCUCAAGGCCUAAGGACAUCUGUCAGUCUUUACUUAUCUGGAACCUUUCGGAUACCUCUGCAACAGCGGACUGUGGUUCUCAAGAUGAGGAAGUAACAAUAUGUAACCUCAUUACCUGUCCAAUGUGCUGUCUGUCACACAUUCACCCCUGUUUCUUAAUUGUAUGUUUUUUAUUACAGUCAGAGAAGGAAAGUCAUGUCCUGCCCUAUAAUCAUAUAUAUUUUAGGAACAAAUUAUUUCCAGACUGUUUUCUAACACUCUAGUCUAUGUCCUUGAAUAAAAACACCAAAGUACAACCCUGUUUCUACACUUAGCACUUUUCUCGAGGACUAGUUUCAACUAAAAAAAAAACGUGGAAGAACACAUGGUAGAAGCUGAAUUAUGCUGGAAAAAAAAAGAGGCAAUUCUAACCUUGGGACUAUUCUGGGGUACCCAGUAUAACGAUUUAAAAUCAGUGUAAGUGGAGGGAGAAUGGUCUCAACAUCCUCUCAAUACUGCGACAGAAAUACUUUAAUUCUCCACUGUAAAGUUUGCUUCCUUUUUGUGUUACACCAUGGAGUCCUGGUUGAGGGCUGGGGGAAUUAAAAAAGUGGACUUACAUUUAAUAUUUGUCUUAACUAUAUCCACUUCUGAAACCUAAAGAGAACUGAGGUGUAAAUAAUUAUGUACAGAAUGAGGGCGCAAUCAUAUCUGCAUUGACUCGGUUUUUUAUGUUUUUAAUAAAAAUCCUCAUAUUUGAAUUUGACAACUAUUAUUUCUAAAUCUUUUGAAUUACCAAGUUUCUUGAGAACCUUCUCUCAAGCAUUUCCUUCUGCAUCGGAGUCACCAAAUCCCUUAUAUUCAAACUUACUUUACUCAGGCCUCAGUAACAAAUGGAAAGUUCUAGGCUAAAAUCAUAGAAAAAGCCAGUUCCCUGGUCUUUGCCGCCGAGGAAAGGAAAAUUUCAAAAAUUUAAAUGCUAGUUUUAGUCUUUUUCUAUAAAGAGGGGAAGAUUACUCUUCUGCGAUCCUCAGUAUUUGCUAGUACUUUGAUCAUCCAACUGUACAAUGUACAGCAGGAGAGAUGUCAUUAAGUGACUCCAAGUUUAAAGAAUAGGUGUUUUGUUAAAAAUAUUUUGUGUAAUGAAAAUGAAUUAGUACUAUAUUUAUUCUCAAAUUUCUGUAUUAAUAAUCCCAACUUUCCUAUUUGAGAAGUCAGUGUGUGGUGUAGUAUUUGAUGUUAAAAACAUGAACUAUUACUCAAAUAUAAUACCUGAGGCCUACACAAUUAAAAAUAAUCACAACUACUAGAAAAUUCAAUGAGCAUAGGGUGUUAACAAGUUAUGUUUAUGCUCACUCUCUGGAAUACUUGGUAAUACUCUGACACAUUCAAGUAGCUGACAUAUACAAGGCCUUGAGGGCAGCUUCUAGCAUUAUUUGCAAUUUUUCUGAGCCCAUAAAGGACAUUUUGGGGGAACUCUUCUGGGCAGUGUCUUUCCCAAUCUCAUCUAACCUCUGGGAACUACUUUCCAGGGCAGAUGACACAGCGCUGAAGCAAAACACCUGGUGAUCAUCAGCUUGCGAUGUCUAUUUUUGAGUUACAUUGAUAAAGACACAAACUAGAUAUGGUAAAAAAUGAAAUCAAGAUAUAUACUUCAAUGAGAUUGGGUAAAACAUAAU